GCGCUUGCUCUGGUAUCCUAUGCGGUAUAAAUAUCAUCAACUUCCAUCUCUCCCAGGGCUACUCAAUCAUCUUUCCAUACCUUACUCUCUCCCACCACAAGUCUGUUUCUACCCUGUUUUCGUUAUCCAUCCCAAGAAAUCGCAAGCUUCUUACUUGACUCUCUAUCAAAAUGACCGACGCAACUGCCCCAGACCUUUUUCGCAAGCCCACGGUGAUCGGCCUCUACGGCGUCCCCGGCUGCGGCAAAUCAUACCUCCUGCGCAAACUCAAGGCAAAGCUUGAUGAAAACUUCUUCGCCUUCUAUGAAGGCUCGCAAGUGAUCGACAGACUCGUGCCCGGGGGUCUAGAAGCCUUCAAACUCCUGAACGAGAAGCGGAAGAGAAAGUGGCGGAGGGAAGCCAUCGAGAGCAUCCAGAAAGAUUGCUUCCUGAACGAAAAGACGGCAAUCGUGACAGGACACUAUAUGUUCUGGCAGACCAGCGAUGCGGAAGGAUCUCCUGUUAUCACUUCCAGCGAUCUUAUUGUCUACACGCAUAUCUUGUACCUGGAUGUCCCGCCUCAUGUCGUGCUUCGGCGCCAGGAAGAGGACAGAACGCGAGCUCGUCCUGAGAUGUCGGUUUUCCAUAUUGGCAGGUGGCAAGAGGCAGAGAAGUCACAGCUCAGAGACUCCUGCCUCAACCACGGGAUCCUCUUCUUCAGGUGGACCGAACAAGGAGAUAUGGCGAGUCUGAUCCUCGAUCUGAAUGGUCACCAUGAAGAAAAGAGCCUGCGCAAUGCAAAGAAGCACUUGGACACGGCCAUGGCGAAAGCGAAUAGCUCUGGCUGCUUGGAGAAGGUCUUGGUGCUCGAUGCAGACCGCACCCUGACCGUUGAGGAUACGGGUAAUCUCUGGUGGAAGGAAUUUUUCAUGUCCAAAGGUUCCCAGGGAGAGCCUCCUUUGAUAGCGUUGUUCGGCAAAAUGGGAUAUUCAUACGAGGCUUUCUGGCAGGCCACCUUGACGUACGAAGAAGCAGCCGGUGAUGCUGAGUUUGACAAGAUUUGCCAACGCACAGCGGAUGCUGUGAGCAUGUAUCCUCAAAUGCAGGCUUUGCUUCAUCUGGUCUCCAGAAAUGAGCACAUCCACGCGGUUGUCCUGACUUCAGGUCUGCGUCUUGUCUGGGAGAAGAUCCUGGCUCGAGGGGGCCUCUCUGGAUCAGUGAAUGUCAUCGGAGGUGGUCGGAUCGCCGACGGCCUCGUGGUUACCCCAGAGACCAAGUCUGCCUUGGUCAGUCACCUGCAAAGCAUUUACAGGCUGGAAGUCUGGGCCUUCGGGGACAGUCCUUUGGACAUCCCCAUGCUGCGGGAAGCGAACUAUGCGAUUGUGGUUGUGGGCGAAGAGAGCAGCAGGAGCAAGACUAUGGAGAGUGCCCUACGUAAGGCCAUUACUGAGAAGUGGCUUUAUGCAAAACAAGUCCUCCUUCCCCCCUCCGUCGCACCACGCCUUAACACCACCCUCGUCCCAGUCCUCGACAUCAUGGAUUCAAAGUUCGUCGAUUCGCUUGUCGAGCAUCGGUACCGUCCCUAUAUCAUCCAUGCCACCCACAAACCUGCUGCUAAGCUCCUCCAAACCCCUAUGAGAGAUGCCUCAUUUGAAGGACCGGCUCUUCGAAACGUCCAUAUUAAAUGCGGACGGUACCUGGCCCUCGAGUAUGUCAGCGACAUCAUCGGCAUCGAGUCAUAUUCUACCCCUCACGUGCAAGGCCACGACACAGCUGGACAUCGUCUGGCUCAGGAGAAGAACACACUGAUUAUCGCUUUGAUGCGAGGUGGCGCACCCAUGGCUGAGGGAAUCAACGAUGUCUUCCCAACCGCCGAAUUCCUACACGCAUGGAAACCAGAAGACGUCACGAGCGAUUGCCUACGCGAGCGGUCGACGGUUAUCCUCGUCGACUCUGUGAUCAACAGCGGAAAUUCGGUCGUUGAGUUCGUCGAGCACAUUCACAGCCUGGCUCGGAAUAUCAAGAUCGUUGUUGUUACGGGCGUCGUGCAGGCUCAAGCUCUCGAAGAGAAUGGCGGUCGCAUACCCCUUCUAUUCUCGCGUCUCAAUCGACUUCUCACCAUUGUCGCGCUGAGAAUUUCGACUAAUAAAUUUACUGGAAAGAGAGGAACGGAUACCGGCAAUCGUUUGUUCAAUACCAAGCAUCUUGAUUAGGGAUUGUUGAGUCGAUGGGAUGUAGGACUGGUUGCCUGUCUUGUUCAUGAUCCCUGAC